AUGCAGGUUGCCCGGUCCCUCCUGCUUGCAACAUGGUUCAACUGCUGCUGUGUCGUCAUCCUGGUGACUCAGGUGCUUGGUGCCCCCCUCUAUCUCAUAAAUAAGGGCUAUUAUUAUACCUAUAUGGCAUACACCAAGCAAUCCUUCGGAUUGGUCAUCACCGCCCUCACACAAUGGGGCUGCCCGACAUUCGUUCGAGUUAGUGGCGAUAAAAGCAUACGUGGUCAGGUUCAACUGACAAGUGAUGGCCGAUUGAAGACUCAGUUCCCGGAGCGCUUGGUAUUGAUUGCUAACCACCAGGUUUAUACUGAUUGGAUUUACCUGUGGUGGGUUGCCUAUACGAACAUCAUGCAUGGCCGCAUCUUUAUCAUCCUCAAGGAGUCCCUCAAGUACAUACCUAUUGUCGGUCAAGGUAUGAUGUUCUACGGCUUUAUCUUUAUGGCUCGCAAAUGGCUAUCCGACAAACCGCGCUUACAACAUCGCCUGGCAAAGUUAAAAACUCGGCAUUCGGGAUCCAGAUCAGAGUCAUCGCAAUACGAUCCGAUGUGGCUGUUGAUCUUUCCUGAAGGGACAAACUUAUCAACUAACACUAAGCAGCGUAGUGAUGAGUAUGGGGAAAAGCAAGGGUUCCCUCCUCUGAAGCAUGAGGUUCUCCCGCGUUCGACCGGCCUUUUCUUUUGUCUACAACAAUUGAAAGGGACUGUUGAUUGGGUGUAUGACUGCACCGUAGCCUAUGAAGGGCCUCCGAAAGGAAGCUACCCGGAUAAGUACUUCACACUCCGCUCAACAUAUCUUCAGGGAAGGCCCCCAACAUCCGUCAAUAUGUAUUGGCGGCGGUUUGCUGUAUCCGAAAUUCCCUUGGAUGAUCAGAAGGAAUUCGAUACGUGGCUCAGGGGUCAGUGGACGGAAAAGGAUCGGCUGCUUGAUGAGUACUUCGAAACAGGAAGGUUCCCAUCCGAUUUAUCCGGCUCUAUUGACAAUGCAAAUGUAUCUGAAGAGCAGCAAGCUGCCGCCGCCGCCGCCGGAUAUGUGGAGAGCUUUGUUAAACUAGGGCAUUGGAGCGAAAUCGGGCGGAUAUUCAUGGUGUUAAUAGGCGCUGCUUUUAUAGCUCGGCCCAAGAUAGAUAAUAUUUUAGCCAUAUGUGGCGGUGCGCACCAGCCCCAUCACGGACUCCGGCCUCCGACCCUUUCAUCUACUAGUGCCAGCACCAGGACGAGAGCAGGAGGACGUGUUACUUUAACAAUAUCUCUUCAUAUUAACUUAUUGGCUAAUCUUCGUUUCUCGGAUAUUCCUUCUGCUAUUGAUAUUCCUGCGUCGACCCUCGACAGCGAAGUCGAGGUCAGCCUUGAAGGACUCCCAGACGACCCUACAGAACUCUGCACUUUACUAGAGAAUGAAAAAGCAGCAAAGAACUUCUGGGUCAUAAUCGCGCUUGCUUAUGCCAAACAGAAGCAAAUCGAUCAUGCAAUCGACAUCCUGAACAAAGGGUUAGCAUCGGUCGCUCACGGAGCGACGAAAGAGAAACUCGGCUUGCUGGGUUGGGUGUGCUGGCUCCUGAUGUUGAAGAGCCGACAAGCACCCAGAGUAGCACCAGAAGGGGAGUUGUACGCCGAAGCUAAGACCAAGGAUCAUUACCUUCAACUCGCGACAUCGACUUUAAACGAGGCUUCUCGCCUGAACCCGGCUUUUCCGCCCCUAUUCCUAGCCCGUGGAGUUUUGUCCCUUCUGCGCUCAUCUUUGUACCCUCCGAGGCCGGUCCGUCCCGGAACAGUGGACACGUCUGAGAGGGUUGAGUCUCUUAGGCAGGCUCUCAAAUGCUUCGAUGAGUCGUCAAAAGCCUUCGGAGGUCGCAAUGUGAUGGCGACUCUUGGUCGCGCAAGGACACAAUAUAUGCUCGGAAGAUAUGCAGAGGCGCUGGAGGACUACCAGAAAGUCCUGAUGAAGAUGCCCGGGUUAACAGACCCUGACCCUCGCAUUGGCAUUGGGUGCUGCUUAUGGCACCUAGGGUUCAAAGACCAAGCGAAAGCCGCGUGGGAGCGAGCACUAGUACUGAACCCUGAUUCUAAAGUUGCCAAUAUCCUACUCGCCGUCUAUUACCUCUACGACAGCUCCCGACAUGCCACGACGGAUCCCGCCUUUGGCUCAUUGUACAAAGUGGCCAUGACUCACUACACACAGAAAGCCUUCAAGUUGGACAAAGAAUACCCUAUGACUUGCGCUUUGUUUGGCGGAUAUUUUCUCCUAAGGAAGUCUUACUCCACAGUCGAGACCCUAGCACGUAAAGCCAUUGAGCACACGGACGUGAUGCAAAUAGCCAGCGAUGGUUGGUACUUGCUUGGUCGAAAGGCACAUUACGAAAAUGAUCUUCCUCGUGCCGCAGAGUUCUAUAACCGUUCCGAUCAAGCUCGAGGUGGCGGUGAUAAGGGGUAUCUGCCUGCCCGGUUCGGCACGGUACAGAUGCAAGUGUCUAAUAAAGACUAUGAUGGCGCCAAGUUCCGGCUGGAGAAAAUCAUACAGCAAACUAAGAAUCCGGAAUGCAUGAUACUUCUUGGGGCGCUUUAUGCGGAGGAGGUAUUUGUCUCUGAGAGCAGUAGUACCAGGGAAGACAAGUCGGCCGAAGCCAAAAAAGCAAUUAAUCUUCUCGAAUCAGUUCGCGCCCUCUGGAAGGACGAAGGCAAGAAAAUUGCCCCUGAUGAGUCUGUUUUGGUGUAUUUGGCUCGCUUGUAUGAGCAUAUGGCUCCGGAGAAAAGCAUGCAGUGCUUGGCCCAGCUUGAAGAAUUACAGCUGGCAGCGAUUGCUGAGGAUGAGCAUCCAGGAGGCGUUGAGGAUGAGGAGCAGGUCAAAGCUGCUCUUCGAGUGAACCUGCCACCCCAGCUUCUCAACAACAUGGGCUGUUUCUUAUACCAGACUGAGAAAGUAGACCAGGCCCGGACCAUGUUCGAAACCGCAUUGAAUGCUUGCGUCCGGUCGCAGGAGAAAGAGAGCGAGCAUGACACGGACGCCCUGGUUACGACCAUCAGCUACAAUCUCGGACGAACGUACGAGGCUUCCGACAUGCCGGAGGAGGCUAAAAAGGUGUACGAAGGUCUCCUGGAACGGCAUGGUAAUUAUACGGAAGCAAACGCUAGGUUGACAUACAUUGCGCUACGGCAGAGCCCCACGGAUGAGGGGCCCAAGAGGAUGGCCAAGCUGUACGAAGCAGACUCGACGAAUCUUGAAGUCCGUGCUCUGUUCGGCUGGUACCUUAGCAAGUCUAAGAAACGAGUCGCCAAUCUAGCUGAAGACCAGGAACAACGACACUACAAGCAUACUCUGCAAUACUUCGACAAACAUGAUCGCUACUCGCUAACUGGGAUGGGUAACGUCCAUAUCAUGACUGCACGUGAUAUGCGUCGUGACACCGACCAAGAGAAGGAGAAGCGUCGUAGAAUGUACGAGCGGGCAGUGGAAUUCUUCGACAAGGCUCUUCAGCUGGAUCCUCGGAAUGCCUAUGCAGCUCAGGGUAUCGCCAUUGCCCUAGUAGAUGCCAAAAAAGACUACAGUACUGCAGUGCACAUAUUUUCAAAGAUCCGGGACACCUUGAGAGACUCCAGCGUCUACCUGAAUCUUGGACAUGUGUACGCCGAAUUGCGGCAACACACACGAUCUAUCGAGCAUUACGAGGCGGCACUGUCGAAAGACCGCGCCCGUGAUGCACAAAUUCUAGCAUGCUUAGGCCGAGUAUGGCUGCUGAAGGGGAAACAAGAGAUGAGUUUGUCGGCCAUGAAGACUGCUCUGGAUUAUGCACGACGAGCGCAUGCUGCCGCGCCAUCCCAGAUCCACCUAGAAUUCAAUGUUGCGUUCGUACAAAAUCAGAUCGCUUCUUUGGCAUACAGUCUACCAGAGACGCAGAAAACCGUACAGGAUGUACAAGACGCGUCCGAUGGUCUACGUGAGGCAGUUGAAUCUUUUGGGCGCAUUUCUCUGGCCAAAAACCCUCCUUAUCCUGCGGGAGCUUUGGAACAGCGAGCCAACAUGGGAAAAACAAUUAUUAAGCAACUCGAACGAGCUCUCCAGAGUCAGAAGGAGUAUGAAAAGAAGAAUGCGGCUAAAUUACAGCAAGCUCGUGAGGCCCGUGAGGCGGAGAUCCGGCGGCGCGAGGAGGAUGUCCGCAAAGCGCAAGAGGCGGAGCGCGAGCGCAAGCAGCGAGUCGCCGAAGAGCGACAGCGAAUGGUGGAGGAAGCGCAGCGGUUAGCGGAGCAGCGGGCGGAGGAGGAACGCGCGCGGGAUGAAGCGGAGUUAACGACGGAGUCGGAAACAGGCGCCAAGGUAAAACGCAAGAAGAAGUCUUCGUCGUCCAAGCGCAAGAAAAAGCGGGUAGAGGAUGAUUUCAUCAGUGACGGCGAAUCACCGACCAGGGCUAGAAGCUCGGAGCUAGAAAGCGACGGCGAAACGGCGCCCAAGAAGCGGCGGCGACUGGAGCGCCGGACCGGCGGAAAAGCACAGAGCAAAUAUAAGAGCAGUGAAAUGGUGGUCGACUCCGAUGAGGAAGACAUUGGCGGCGCCGCCACAACGCCGGCGGUGGAGUCCGAUCACAAUCAAGAGAUGCCUGAUACAGGUGCAGAUGAGGAUGAGGAAGAGGUGGUUCAACGGCGACGAGCGAAGGUAAACCGUCGCAUUGCCGAUGAUGACGAAGAAGAAGAGCACCAGCCUGGGGCGAAGGUAGGAUUAGAGAAUGCGGACGAUUUGUUUAACGACCCCGCCGGAGAUGAUGAUGCGGCAAUGGAGGAAGAAUGA